CUAGUUGCGAUAAUUGUACUAGUUAGGAAGGACUUACUGGGAACGAAGUCUCUGCUUCUGUGUUGAACCCUGCCGAGAUCUCCCGCGUCGAGCAAAGAAGUCCCGCAAGAGACUUGAAACGCGCGACGCAGUAUUGCACUACUGCUUAGGUCUGGUGUUUAGGGGCUAAGCCCCCCCGCGGGCUCGGCGAAGUCGAAAUGGGACAGAACCAGAGUGCACAAGGCCCGGGAGCGCCCGGCGAGGGCAAGAAGGACCAGGAAAAGAAGAAGAAGUACGAGCCCCCGGCUCCCCCUCCUCGUGUGGGAAAGAAGCAAAAGAAGCGCGAUACGGCAGCCAGCCUGGGGGCAAAGCUGCCGACCGUGUACCCCACAGCCAAAUGCAAGCUGCGAUUGCUGAAGCUGGAGCGCAUCAAGGACUACCUCCUCAUGGAGGAGGAGUUUGUGCAAAACCAGGAGCAACUCAAGCCGCAGGAGGAGCGCAACGAGGAGGACCGCUCCAAGGUGGACGACCUGCGCGGGACGCCCCUGAGUGUGGGCACCCUGGAGGAGAUUAUUGAUGAGAACCACGCAAUUGUGUCCUCGUCGGUGGGCCCCGAGUACUACGUGUGCAUCCUGUCCUUUGUGGACAAGACGCAGCUGGAGCCGGGCUGCAGCGUGCUGCUGCACUACAAGAGCAUGUCGGUGGUGGGCAUCCUGAGCGAUGAGACCGACCCCAUGGUGUCGGUCAUGAAGGUGGAGAAGGCGCCGCUGGAGAGCUAUGCCGACGUGGGCGGGCUGGAGCCCCAGAUCCAGGAGAUCAAGGAGGCGGUGGAGCUGCCGCUCACACAUCCCGAGCUGUACGAGGACAUCGGGAUAAAGCCGCCCAAGGGCGUCAUCCUGUACGGCGAGCCCGGCACCGGCAAGACGCUGCUGGCCAAGGCGGUGGCCAACUCCACCUCCGCCACCUUCCUGCGCGUGGUGGGCAGCGAGCUGAUCCAGAAGUACCUGGGCGACGGGCCCAAGCUGGUGCGCGAGCUGUUCCGGGUGGCAGACGAGCUCGCGCCCUCCAUCGUGUUCAUCGACGAGAUCGACGCCAUCGGCACCAAGCGCUACGACGCGCACAGCGGCGGCGAGCGCGAGAUCCAGCGCACCAUGCUUGAGCUGCUCAACCAACUGGACGGCUUUGACUCAAUGAGCGACGUCAAGGUGAUCAUGGCCACCAACCGCAUUGAGUCGCUGGACCCGGCGCUCAUCCGCCCCGGCCGCAUCGACCGCAAGAUCGAGUUCCCGCUGCCCGACGCCAAGACCAAGCGCCGCAUCUUUGGCAUCCACACCGGCCGCAUGACGCUGAGCGAGGAUGUCAACCUGGAGGAGUUUGUCAUGGCCAAGGACGAGCUGAGCGGCGCCGACAUCAAGGCCGUGUGUACCGAGGCGGGUCUGCUGGCGCUGCGCGAGCGCCGCAUGCGCGUGACGCAGGCCGACUUCCGCAAGGCCAAGGAGAAGGUGCUCUACAAGAAGAAGGAGGGCGUGCCGGAGGGGUUGUACAUGUAAUGGGGGGAUGCAAGACGACGACAGACAAAGCAACACAUCCAUCAUGUGGUUGUGGGGUUUGCGUAUGGCGUUGUGCUUGCGGUCCGUGCAAGCAAGCGAGUGCUUGUACCACGGUAUUGAUGCAGUGUGGAAGAGGGAUGGCAAGUUCCUGCGGCGCAGCUCGGGCCGAGAGCACCCCGCUCGCAAGUUGUGUGCAGGCCGCUGCUGUGGGUUCUCUGCUGGCUGGCCCGCGUGUGCGGCUUGCCCGCGUGUGCGGCUGCGGGCAGCGCUUGAUGUGGAAGCGCCAUGACAAGUGUAUGGCGCGCGGCAAGGCCAGUGUGUUCUGACGCGUGGUUUGUAAGAAAGUGGGCGCGUGUGGGAAGUGGGGCGACGCGCGUGCAGGGGUUCCUGAACCCCUGCGCGCGCGUGUGGAUGAGAUGUGGUAAGAUGCGCUCACAUUGAAGCUGUCCUCGUGUUGGUUGGCGGCAUGCGCAAGCACGGCAGGGCGCUCUGGCUCCCACACUUUCCUUCAAUCUCUGUGUCUG